UUACGUACGAGACUUGUUUGCGGCGUCGGAAAAGUACAUCGGGAUAGAAGAGGGAGGAGGCAUGGAGGAGGCUGCAGCGGCGGAGCUUGAGAGACUCCAAAUCGAAAUCCUCCGUAGAAUCUCGCUUCUCGAGAGCUCUAUCCUCCCACAAAGCUCCUCAUCGUCUUCGUCGCCUUCUCUACCUGAUGAUGAAAGCGAAACGGUGUCUCGCCUCUCCUCCAUUCUCCGGUCCGGCGGCGUUAACGAUUUCUGCUUCAAGAGAGUUGCUUCCGAUUACUACGACUGGUCUCUCGAAUCCCGCCGCGUCGUUCUCGGCGCCUCCUCUAUCGACCAUCUCUGCAAGAGCAUUGUUCUGGUUAAUACCCAAGCUUCAUCAAAUGUUUUGGAUUGCAGUGAUCGCAACAACUCAAAAUACUAUCUCGUUGUGGUUCAGUACUCUGCCAGAUUCAGUGCUGAUGCAGUGAAGAACUUUCUUUAUUCACUAAACGAGGGAAAGAUCCCAAAGAAAAGAUUUAAUCUGAGACUUGCUCCUGAGGAGACGUCAAAUAAAUUGACUGGCUUUGAGCGCAAUGCGGUAACUUGUGUAGGUAUGAAGACAAACAUACCGGUGAUAUUGGAUGAGGCCAUAACCAAACUUAGACCGAACUUCUUCUGGUUGGGCGGUGGCGAGAUCGAUCUGAAGCUAGGCGUCAGGACAUCUGAAUUCCUUGAUUUUGUCAAACCAUUCAUUGUUCCUUGCAGCUGAAAACUGGAUUUUUUUAUAAAACACACUAUUUUUUUUUUUUUUGACGCACUGUUAUUUGAUCCGGAACCGAAUGUAUACCGUUGGUAUUUUAUCAAAUGUUACACUUAGCUUAAUUAUUUUGAGCUGCAAUGAGGGUUUGUACUUCUCACAGACAUGUGUAUUCUUUGUAAUUAAUGACGAUGUCUGUUACGUUA